AUUCAGCAGCAGAGUGCACCAGGAAGGUUAAUGUUAAGUCGUCAUUGGGACAAAUACAGCCACAGUGGAUCCAGCUCGAGGGGUUAUUAGCUGAUCCUGCUGCCCGACCACAGCGCAUGGAGAGAGUCUCCGCCUCGCUCAGCCUCUCAGCCAGCCGGUGGCUGACUCACAGCUUGACCACAAGAAGUUGAAACUGACUCAGUUGCUCCAGCUGCUGCACAAUGUGUAGCAAUCGAGGAAGUUGUUAGAGGAAGAAUGAGCUGUGUUGUCAGUGCGGGCCACCGGGACAGAGCCCUGUUCUCCAGCUGAGUCGACCUGAGGCAGCAUCCUUUUGUUGCAUGUAUAUAUCCAUGAAGUUCAACCAGAGCGUACGGCAGGACACUGCCGGGAACAAAAGCGAGAACCAAGUGUGGAAAUGGCACAUUCAGGACCCCGCCAGUCAGAAGCUGACGUGGAACAAGCCACCAAAAAGUGUCCUUGUCAUCAAGAAGAUACGAGAUGCCAGUCUGCUUCAGCCUUUCAAAGAGCUCUGCAUGUUCCUCACCGAGGUGAAGGACAUGAUUGUUUAUGUGGAAAAGAAAGUUCUGGAGGAUCCGGCCAUCACAGAUGAUGAAAACUUUGGGGCCAUUACUAAGAAAUUCUGCACUUUCAGAGACGAUCUGGAUGAUAUCUCUAAUCGCGUAGACUUCAUCAUAUGUCUUGGUGGAGAUGGAACUUUGCUGUAUGCAUCUUCGCUCUUCCAGGAGAGCGUUCCACCAGUUAUGGCCUUCCACCUGGGCUCCCUGGGUUUCCUGACACCUUUCAAAUUUGACAGCUACCAGUCUCAGGUCAACCAAAUAAUUGAAGGUAAUGCUGCUAUUGUCCUACGAAGUCGCUUGAAAGUCCGGGUGCUUAAAGAGAACCGGGAGAAGAAGUCCAGAGUGGACGAAAAGGGCAUCAUCCUGACUAAUGGGGACAUGGAAAGCAGCCGGAAAUCCUCACAGUAUCAGGUGCUGAACGAGGUGGUGGUGGACAGAGGCCCCUCCUCCUAUCUCUCCAACGUCGACCUCUUCCUGGACGGACACCUCAUUACCACAGUGCAGGGAGACGGUGUGAUCGUAUCUACACCUACAGGAAGUACAGCGUAUGCAGUGGCAGCAGGAGCGUCCAUGAUCCAUCCCAACGUCCCAGCCAUCAUGAUCACCCCCAUCUGCCCACACUCGCUGUCCUUCAGACCCAUCGUGGUGCCUGCCGGGGUGGAGCUCAAGAUAAUGUUGUCACGUGACGCCAGAAACACAGCCUGGGUGUCAUUUGAUGGAAGGAAGAGACAGGAGAUCUGCCACGGAGACAGUAUUACCAUCACCACUUCAUGCUUCCCCGUUCCCUCCAUCUGUUUCCGGGACCCGGUUAAUGACUGGUUCGAGAGCCUGGCCCAGUGUUUACACUGGAACGUGAGGAAGAAGCAGAACUACCUCAGCUCAGAGGACGAAGAGUUCUGAGGCACGAGGAGUCCUCAAGGUCUUCUUCAAAGUCUCAAGGACCCCUCAGUCUUGGUUUUAGCUUGACCGCGCUCUGUGCCGUUUUGUCUUUUUAUGAAUCAAAGGUCUCGCCAAACUCCAUUCAAAAAGUCUGUCAUAAUAAUGUUACUCUUCAUAAAUUUGCUCGAUGGUAAUAUUCCAAGUUUUGGUUCCAAACGGCAUUUUUGCUGCAGUGCUCCAUGUUGUCUUUUGGUGAAAUAAAUGUGCGGUAAUAAACCCCAGUAAUGCUCUCCUCACAGACAUGAGCUGAAGCGGAAUCGUGACAAAGAAAUGUUUUUCCUUGCGGCAAACUGAUAUUCUCAAAACUCCUUAGACUUCUCCGUCCAUCCGCGCCCGCGUAGUUAGAAAAUGUUGGAUGUGCACGGACAAACACAAAGCCAUGUCUUCAGCACAGAAUACUUCUAUAUGCCUUUUUUUCAAAAGUCCUUUUCCCCCCAAUGAAAAUAUGAACAUUUUAAAAUCUCUCUUUUUGUGACCGUGAAGUUGUCACAGCCCCCUCAGCCAAUCACGCCAAUCCUCCCCUACAGGCUUAACAACAGCUACCAAAUUUUAGCUAGCUAGCUCCCGUUAGUUAGAGCAACGACAAUACCAAAGUCAUUUUGAAUCAAACAUGGAAGCUAUCAUUUACUUGCAUUUGGCUCAACCGGCUACAAAUGCUACCUAGCUAACUAGCUAGGUUAAUUUACAUAGCUUUUAGUCUUUAGUCUUUUCUUUUAGCCAACAGAAGCUAGUUAGCUAGCAGUUGUUGAGUCCGUGGAGGAGGCUGGAGGCAUGUGAUUGGCUGAAAGGUGAGGAGACAGCUCCACUCUUGAACAGUCACAUUUUGAAAUGAAAGUGUUCUAAUGGCAUACAAUAACAGAGUUUU